AUGGGCGGUCAUACUAUAGAUUGCUCUCGAUUAUUUUCAAUUUUUAUGACUUUGUCUUUCGCUAUUACCUAUUCUACUGGUAUUAUUGAUCAAGGUUUUGAUUGUUGGACGCGGCACGAAGAUCAGAUUACUUUAUUGUGCCAGGAUUGGAACUCAAAAUGCUAUUAUCAGGUGAUUCAUCUUGAAGGCGUUAUUCCGAAGCGGCGUUUCAACUUGACGGGCUAUUCAAGAGAGAAGAUGUCAAAUGCAGUCGCCCCCUAUUACAAUAACUCUACAGCAUCGUUUAGGCAAGUAAUUAAACUUAUUCACGACGUUGAAACUAACCCUGGACCGGACAAUUAUUCUGUUAACCAGCAGAAGAAUUCAACAGAUUUAAAGAUAGCUCAUCUCAAUGCUCGCUCUUUAAAAAAUCGACAUCAUUAUUUACUUAUCAAAGAAACGAUCUUGUCGAAUAAAUUCGAUGUUUUUACUGUAUCUGAGACGUGGCUCGACAGCAAAAUUACCGAUUUAGAAAUUGAAAUACCUGGCUAUAAUAUUUAUCGUGUUGAUCGAGAAAAUAAAACCGGCGGCGGUGUGUGUAUUUAUGUACGUCAAAUCUACAAAACAAUUUGCCUAAGAGACAUCUCGUCGAUUUCUGCGUCAGGUUUUCAUCAACUUUGGUUGAAGGUACAGGUCAGGCACUUAAAAUCCAUCAUAAUAAGUACUGUCUAUCGACCUCCUAAUACACCGACAUCAUGUUUCGACUCAGAUCUUGCAGCAAAUUUUGUUUAUGCUUCAUCUUUAUGCGCACCUAUUUACAUACUGGGUGACUUAAAUUGUAAUCUUCUGAAACCCGAAGCUUCUGACUGCAAAGUCCUUGGAAAUUUUUGUUCAUCAUACAAUCUAACACAGUUGAUUAGGGAACCUACGCGAGUUACUGAACAAACUAGUUCGCUUUUGGAUAUUAUCCUUGUAUCUGAUAUUAAACAAGUAAGAGAAUCCUUUGUCAAGCACAGCUCGGUCAGUGACCACGACUUGGUUUAUUUAACACUUCGAUUAAAAAAGCCUCGUACAAAACCGGUUUAUGUAAACAUUAGAAGCUUUAAACAUUACAAUCGAGAAGCUUUCUAUAAUGAUAUAUCGCAAGCUCCGUGGUCUGUUAUAGAUGUAUUUACUGACAUUGAUGAUAAAGUAAAUGCCUUCAACACUAUGUUUAAUGAUAUAUUAAAUCAACAUGCUCCAAUAAAAUCCAUCAAGGUAAAAGGGAAACCAAAUCCUUGCGUUAAUGAAAACAUUUGUGCAUUGAUGAAAACAAGAGAUCACUGGCGCAGGCUUGCCCAAAGGUCAAAUGAUCCCUUGGCGUGGUCUGCGUACAGAAAUUUCGUGGAGAAGUUAAGCGUGAAAUUAAACUAGCCGAGCGUGAAUUUGUAUUAAACCAGAUAGAGAAAGAUCCAGGUAAUUCUAAUAAUAUCUGGAAAUCUAUCCGCUUAUGCAUUCCUAAAAAAUCGUCUUCGCAAAGAAUUUUCAGUCAGUCAAGAUUCUUUGCUUCUGUCGGUAAAAGUGCGGUUGAUAAAAUCAAUGAUUUGGCAAACGAAUUUGGGUUUGAAUGCGACCGUGACCGUUUUACACCAAGACAAUACCCUUUAACGGAACAAUUUUCAUUUAAAGAGGUCGAGCCAGCCAGAGUAGGAAGCAUAAUAUCCUCAUAA